AACUUACUUAGGCAUGGCUAUAAAUCAAACAGGAAAUCAACGGCGCUGGAGAGGUUAGCUAGCUAUCAAAGAAGCUGAAAGCAUCUUUGUCAUUCUCCCAUAGCUAGACCUAAAUAAAAAUAUUAGCUAGUGCUAACUGAAUAAUUGCCACGAAUAUUCGCCAACUGGUUUGCAAGGAUUUAAACGGUAAGAUAAUACGUUUAUCACCAUGAUUAGCUAGCUAUAGUAGGUAAAAUAUUGUGGCAGUGUACACGAUGAGCUAGCUAGGUACUGUACUAUGAUUGCUAACUUCCUGCCAACCAAUUCUAUUCAUCCUGUUUUAGCUACUAGCUACUGAUUUUAUUGGCAAAGAAGCUAACGUUAGCUAUUAAGCCAACUAUUUACUCUUGGACUAAAACCAUUACGUUAUAUGUGGUGGUACUCGGAAAGAUGUCCAUUGGAGUGCCAAUCAAAGUCCUUCAUGAAGCUGAGGGCCACAUUGUUACCUGCGAGACCAACACCGGGGAGGUGUACCGCGGGAAACUCAUUGAAGCUGAGGACAACAUGAACUGCCAGGUAUGAUCAUGAAUCUCAAACUUUAAAGUCAGGGGAGACACUUUUGAUUUAGAAGUGGGGGGUUUGGGGUUGCUCCCUCAAAUGUAUUGGGCAUCUAAUGCUAAUUUCCUGCAUUUCUAUACAAUCUAAUAUUACCCUUUUAGGGUCACUUUUAUUGUAAAUAAGAAUAGAAUCUGUUUCUAACCACUUUUACAUGAAUGUGGAUGCUACCAUAGUUAUGUAUAAUCCUGACUGAAUAAUGAUGAGUGAGAAAGUUAUAGACUCAUAUCAUACCCCCUUAAAAUUGCUAAUCUCCCCUGUUAUUGUAAUGGUGAGAGGCAUGUCUUGGGGGUAUGAUAUUUGUGCGUCUAACUUUCUCACUCAUCAUUAUUCACGAUUCAUUCAGGAUUAUCUGUAGAGUCACAAGCUUGAUGUAGUCAUUGCAUGCUAUGAAUGUGGGACCAAAUACAUAACUUUUUACUACUUUAUUACACAUACAAGUGAAUUUGUCCCAAUAUGUACAAAAAGUGUUCUAAUUUCUCUACGGUUCACCCGAUAUGGAUGAAAAUACCCCUUCAAAUUAAAGCUGACAAUAAGCACGUUAACUUCAUUGUCACUGUUUGAAUGAAAAUUCAACGGUUUGGAAUAUAGAGCCAAAAUAAGAAAAAAAUCCCUGUCCUGCCCCGAGUGGCGCAGUGGUCUAAGGCACUGCAUCUCAGUGCUUGAGGCGUCACUACAGACCCCCUGGUUCGAUUCCAGGCUGUAUCACAACCGGCCGUGAUUGGGAGUCCCAUAGGGCGGCGCACAAUUGGCCCAGCGUCGUCCAGGUUUGGCCGGUGUAGGCCGUCAUUGUAAAUAAGAAUUUGUUCUUAACUGACUUGCCUAGUUAAAUAAAGGUAAAAUAAAAAUAAAAAAGGGUCCACCGCCCUGCAACACCCCAAUUCAACAUACCCCACUCAGAUUUAGGAUCUUAGUGAAACAUUCAUUAUUGGUUUCAGGUGUGUUAGGCCAGAGUGACAACCGACAGUGCGACAGACCCCCAGGGCCAGGACUGAGCAGCCCAGCAGCUAGGGAUUGCCUAAAUAGGUGUCUCCCCUGACCUGGGCAUGUUUUCAAUACAGACUCCUUUUGUCGUACAGUAUUCCAUAUAAGGCAUCCAGACCUUAUGAAAGUUGCACAGUAAACCUUUACUCUUGUAAUAAAGCAAAUCUAGUGAUACAUAACUUGACAUUUCUGCCAUCCAUUGUGACAUUGUGGGAGGAUAACCAACCUUCCAAUUAAUGGCAAUGCAUUUCUUAGCCACUACAAAUGCUAGGUUACACAGUUUCUUCUGAUAAGUCUCCAGUACCAACAUUUCCAAGCAAACAAAAACAGGGAGAAAGGGACAUGCUGAGAUAAAAUAACAUACUCUUUGCCAGAAUUCAGCAAACCUUCACAAGAGUCCUCUUGGUCCUCUAUAGCUCAAUUGGUAGAGCAUGGGCGCUUGAAACGCCAGGGUAGUGGGUUCGAUCCCCGGGACCAUCCAUACGUAAAAAUGUAUGCACACAUGACUGUAAGUCGCUUUGGAUAAAAGCGUCUGCUAAAUGGCAUAUUAAAGAGCGUAACAUAUGCAAAUAUGUCCCCUUUUGUGUUUUACACCUCCAGGAGAGGAAUUACAUUUCUGAGUCCAUGAUAUUCAGUUUCACUGGCAUAUAGUACGUUCUAUGGAAGGUCUUAAACUGCAGUAAUUUGUGUCUGAGAUGACUGGGCAUUCAAACAUAUCUGUAUCCAUUCAUUAUCAUCAAUAGUGUCUCCCAGGUCUUCCUCACAUUUUCUAAUCAAUUUUAGAAUAAGGCUGUAACCUAACAAAAAAGUCAAGGGGUCUGAAUACUUUCCAAAGGCACUGGAUAUCUACAGAAAUAAGACAUCCUGCUUCUGUUGCCUAUUUGAGUGUUUGGUUGAUAGCCUACUGAUUCCGUGAGCACCAAGCCUCACGCAACAAUUUCACUAAUGCGGCUGUUUUGAAUCUUUGCUAUGCUGUAAUAAAGGCUUUACACCUUUUUUUUUUCUUAUUUUCGUGAGACCAGCCUCUGGUAUUAUUUAAUUUAUUUAGUGUUCCACUGUUCCAAAUAUUCAGAAAUUAUAUUUAUUAUAAUAAUAACCCUCAUUUUUCCUUGAUCUCCUUGUUGUUAUUAUUAUUAUUAUGAUCAUCAUUAUAAUAAUAAGUAAUGUCAUUAUCAUUAGUAGGCUUAGUAUAGCAGCCUUGUAUAACCACCAUCGAGCUGUAGGCCUAAGAGCGCCUCCUGUUUAGUCUUAAUACCGUAACUUACUUAGGCCAAUAUUUCAAUACUUAUAUAGGCUACUGUAUCAAUCAAUCAUUUAUUUGUCAUCACACAGCAUACGAGUUGUUCAUGAUGUGAAAUGCAAUCAAGCAUUUUAGUUUUAGAAUAAAAUAACAAGGCGACCAUUGAAUAAUUAAUAAUUAGCUUAAACAAUAAAUAGGCCUAAACUGUUCCAUUUCGGAAAUUGCAUUCACAAAUGAAUGCAACUUUUUUUUGUAGUCUUGCUGUAAUAAAGGCUUUACAAUUAUUAUUUUUUACAACACUCUGGUACGCUUAUAAAUUAUUUAGUGUUUACAUUGUUCCAAACAGUCAGACAUUUUUUAUUGUAAUCUAACAGCACCUGUUUGGCACCCACAGUUCUAAUAUGCACGCAGUGCUUGCUCCAUACCUUCUUUUUCUUGAUCUCCAGUAUUUUCCAGAAAUAGACAAAAGCGUGUCACGUACAGAGAGCAAAUAUUGAGGGAAUAGGGAAUGUUUUUCCUAAACAAAUUAGGGAUUUUGGAACAACUUUUCAGUCAGAAAUGGCUGUAAUUAUGUUGCAGCUUCAACAACACUGACAGCUAUACACACUAAUGUUCUGUGGUGGUCGCUGCAGCAGGGAGGAGAGAUGGAGAACGGGUGUUAGUCACACAGUCACUCACUGUCUUUUUUUAACACAGCACAGCAAGUCUGAGUCAGGCGGCACAAUCAAAUCAAUUGCGGUCGGACAUCCUCUAGUCAUUUGCGUGUCUUAAUUAUUUCAUCAAACAGAUAGCUAGAGUCUAGAGCUGAACUGGCUGUGGUAGCUAGUUCAUUAACUUCAGACAAAACUUCAGUCGAGGGGUUGAAACAUGUAAUGCAUUAGCUUACGUUACAUGUCAGUUACACUACUAACUCGGCACUGGGAAUACUAUUUUUUUUUCUUCUGUUAAGUCAAACAGCAGAUACCUUGCCAGCUGCAUCAGUAAAAUAAAGAAUAGCCAGUUUCUGCUCUGCUUGCUUUUACAACUCUGAGAAAAAGCACAACACACAGACAAUAGCUGCCGCUGUUCGCACUCUGUGGUGUUCGCAUGGUCCUAAAUCCAGCCGGCCAAAAAUGCUAUUUCAGAAUGUGAGGGGUCAUGUCUCUCUUUUUAAACUUUUUUAAAAAUGAUAUAGCAAGCUAGAUACAAAUCAGCCUCUGUGAUCCCUGAGUCCCCCAUAAAGUAGCUGAGGAAUCCUCAACUCCGUUCCCUUAUAUCGAGGCGGAGUUGAAUUUUGAUGACUGGUUGCGGAUUUGCUAGCAACAACAUUGAGUCACCAUCAGUUGAUUCUUGUAAAAAUGUCAAUUCUGAAAACUCUUACCUGUACCUAUGUUUGUCCUGUACAACUGCGGCGCUUCCGCGGGGUGCUGAAAUUCAUACUUCUAAUAAACACUUGUAGCGAAUACAACCACCAAUUUUUUUUCUCGUUGCUCAUACUACGUAUUAGGUAAGCUGAGAUUCAAUUGGGUCCGUGCUAUCCGGUACCUUGGCAUGUCCCUACCCUAACCUUAACCCCUACCCUUAUUCAGGUGUCAGCAUGCUUAACUUCGGCUGGCGCCUAGUCGAGCUCGGCUAACUGAACGAGUGUGCUCGCGUACUCCCUUAAAGGCCUUCGCUUGAAAAACGAGAAUCGUUUUCAGAAUUGACAUUUUUUCAAGAAUCGACUGAUGGUGACUCAAUGUUGUUGCUAGCAAAUCCUGCAACCAGUCAUCAAAACUCAGCUCCACCUCCAUAUAAGAGAAAAAGAGUUGAGGGUUCCUUAGCUACACAUGAAGUAGUCCUCCACAACCUACCCCCUCCCAUCCUCAUCUAAAUGUGAUGUAUUUCUUAUUACACAUUCUGCCCCCUCCAGAUGGCCAACAUCACAGUGACCCACAGAGACGGCCGUGUAGCCCAGCUGGAGCAAGUGUACAUCCGAGGCAGCAAGAUCAGAUUCCUCAUUCUCCCUGACAUGCUGAAGAAUGCACCCAUGCUAAAGAGUAUGAAGAACAAGAACCAGGGAGCUGGAGCAGGAAGAGGAAAAGCUGCCAUUCUCAAAGCACAAGGUACAUAUUUAUAUUACAUUCUUGCCCUAAUCAGACCCACCUUGGUAUCCUACUAGACUAGGUGCCAGUCUGUUAGUGCCAUCACGCCAACUCCUUGUCAGUCAUUGGCUGUGUCCGAAUACCCAUUCUAGCAUACUCCAUACUUAAACUGCAUACUAUGUAGGCUACUCAUCGUCACAUACUAUUUAGCACGUACUGUUUAGUAAAAAGUAUGCAUUAUGUCACGGCCGCAACGUAGUAGCGGAUCCUGACUGGCUGAGUAGGUGGAGCGGGGCUGAGUGUGGGAGGAUUUUCCCAAAUUCAACAGACAUGCAUUGCAUUAACCAGCCUGAUAAUAGCUAAUUUCUAACUCUAUUAAAUUCUCUAAACUCUGAAUAGAAUAGAAAUUGAGUUAUAGGCCUACUCAGGCUGGUUAUAGACAGACUAUCACAUUCUACCUAUACCGUAGCCCAUAUAGCCCAUCUAUCCUAUUUAAAAAUGACUGAAGACAGAAACUGAUCAUUUGGUUCCAUUUCAACAUAUUUAUUAGUGAAACCAAAGCGCUCUAACAUAUAUACAUUAAAUAGCCUAUUACACACACGAAAACAUUUCAAAUGUUCAAAUCAAAAUGCUAUUGCACAGAAAAACGUGGACAAUCGGGUGCAUCGCAAAUUCAGUACCACUGGACAGCAACAUAUUAAACUAAAGCACUGAUCAUUGGGAACGAGAUCAGAAUGAUUGCUAAGUCUUGAUCCAUUAAUUAAAUAGGUAGCCUACAAAACUUAAGCAAUCCAUAUGUUCAAAUCAAAAGGCCUGAUUUAACAUGACGUCAAUAACGCAGCCACAUCCCGAGUCUCCUGUGCCGACACAUUCAGAAAUCAAAAGAUGGUUUAGUAUUUCGUUAAAAAACUUAACGAAGGCCAAGAGAACAAUAAACCAUUUUCAAUGAGAAAACAGAAAUCCACUUUGGGUAAAAACAAAAAAACAUAUGUUUUCAAAGAUAUAGCCUACGAUGCAAUACUCAUGAUCAUUUUAAGGAGAACAAAAACUACUUAGCCUACAUUUGAACAGCACCGCAGAAGCUUCGCUAUUCGGCAUCUUCCCAAUUAAGUAGCCUAGAUUUGGCUACUUGAAGAGAACUAGGGCCUAUCACUCGCAGUCCACCUCUUCCAAUGCAUUGUGGAAAAGUGUGCAUCAAAUUCUACUAGAUGAUGAGCAGAAAUGAGUAUAACAUCCUGGCAUUUAAACCAUAGUCGAUUUUUGAAAAUUCACAUACUGUAAAACAUAUUACAUUGUGUUGUUUAAGUGUUCCCUUUAUUUUUUUGAGCAGUGUAACUCCAAGUCAAUCACACUUCUGUGAAAUCAAACUGUCCACUUAGGAAGCAACACUGAUUGACAAUCAAUUUCACAUGCUGUUGUGCAAAUGGAAUAGACAACAGGUGGAAAUUAUAGGCAAUUAGCAAGACACCCCCAAUAAAGGACUGGGUUUGCAGGUGGUGACCACAGACCACUUCUCAGUUCCUAUGCUUCCUGGCUGAUGUUUUGGUCACUUUUGAAUGCUGGCGGUGCUUUCACUCUAGUGGUAGCAUGAGACGGAGUCUACAACCCACACAAGUGGCUCAGGUAGUGCAGCUCAUCCAGGAUGGCACAUCAAUGCGAGCUGUGGCAAGAAGGUUUGCUGUGUCUGUCAGUGUAGUGUCCAGAGCAUGGAGGCGCUACCAGGAGACAGGCCAGUACAUCAGGAGAUGUGGAGGAGGCCGUAGGAGGGCAACAACCCAGCAGCAGGACUGCUACCUCCGCCUUUGUGCAAGGAGGAGCACUGCCAGAGCCCUGCAAAAUGACCUCCAGCAGGCCACAAAUGUGCAUGUGUCUGCUCAAACGGUCAGAAACAGACUCCAUGAGGGUGGUAUGAGGGCCCGACGUCCACAGGUGGGGGUUGUGCUUACAGCCCAACACCGUGCAGGACGUUUGGCAUUUGCCAGAGAACACCAAGAUUGGCAAAUUCGCCACUGGCGCCCUGUGCUCUUCACAGAUGAAAGCAGGUUCACACUGAGCACGUGACAGAGUCUGGAGACGCCGUGGAGAACGUUCUGCUGCAUGCAACAUCCUCCAGCAUGACCGGUUUGGCGGUGGGUCAGUCAUGGUGUGGGGUGGCAUUUCUUUGGGGGGCCGCACAGCCCUCCAUGUGCUCGCCAGAGGUAGCCUGACUGCCAUUAGGUACCGAGAUGAGAUCCUCAGACCCCUUGUGAGACCAUAUGCUGGUGCGGUUGGCCCUGGGUUCCUCCUAAUGCAAGACAAUGCUAGACCUCAUGUGGCUGGAGCGUGUCAGCAGUUCCUGCAAGACGAAGGCAUUGAUGCUAUGGACCGCCCGUUCCCCAGACCUGGAUCCAAUUGAGCACAUCUGGGCCAUCAUGUCUCGCUCCAUCCACCAACGCCACGUUGCACCACAGACUGUCCAGGAGUUGGCGGAUGCUUUAGUCCAGGUCUGGGAGGAGAUCCCUCAAGAGACCAUCCACCACCUCAUCAGGAGCAUGCCCAGGCGUUGUAGGGAGGUCAUACAGGCACGUGGAGGCCACACACACUACUGAGCCUCAUUUUUACUUGUUUUAAGGACAUUACAUCAAAGUUGGAUCAGCCUGUAGUGUGGUUUUCCACUUUAAUUUUGAGGGUGCCUCCAAAUCCAGACCUCCAUGGGUUGAUACAUUUGAUUUCCAUUGAUAAUUUUUGUGAUUUUGUUGUCAGCACAUUCAACUAUGUAAAGAAACGUAUUUAAUAAGAUUAUUUCAUUCAUUCAGAUCUAGGAUGUGUUAUUUUAGUGUUCCCUUAAUUUUUUUGAGCAGUGUAUGUUUAUUGACAAACAAUUUGCUUUGUCUCCUCUUUCACAGUGGCUGCCAGGGGUCGAGGACGUGGAGGGAUGGGAAGAGGAAAUAUUUUCCAGAAAAGGCGAUAGUUUAAAAAUAUAUAUUUUCUACUUUCUAUAUUACAACUUCUUUGUUAUUCUUUUGUGAUCAAUGAUGUGAAAUGACAAUUUCCAUAUUAAAAUGAUUUUCUUACUAUUUAUUUGUACCUUGUUUUAAGGUAGCCUAAUAACUAAUAACAGAUUAUACACUACACAUUUGAAGAGGCUUAAUCUGGAAUAUAAGGAAAUAUGAGUACAUGCCCCAUGUAUGAUGUUUAGCGGGCAGGGGCUGGAGAUUGGAGAUAGGUAGAGGUCUGGAGAAAAGAAGAUGGAUUCAACAUUCUCCCACAAUGUGAACAGACCACUUCUCUGUGCAGGAUCUACUGGGUCCCGUAAGUGGUUUCUCCCAGCUGUACAGACCAAUAAGAAUUUGGCAGAUUAA